ACUUGCCAAGAAAGAAUUAGCCCAAAAAAAAAAAAAAGAGUAUUAAUGGGGUUUAGCAGAGUGUAGUAGUCUCUAUGGAACACCACCAUAGAGAUACAACAAUCUCGAAUCAAGCUGAAGAAGAACCUCGCCGCCGGUAUGUUCCUUAGAACUUCUACUCUUGGACAUAUCAAUUUCGUCCUUGGCAUUCUCAAUUCCCUUUCUCUCUUUCUCUAUCCACACAGACAUUUCAUCGAACAUUUUACCUGCGUUUCUCCUCAUCAAUGGAAGUCAAGUUUCGAUCUUUUGCUUGAAUUUGAAUCGUUUUCUUCUCUUGAGUAAAGGAGAUCUGGAAACCCAAUUCGCCUAAUGAUAAUGCAAUCGCUCCCAGCGAGGAAUUUGUUCAAAAUUAGGGCAAAUCAUCUAUCCAAAUCCCAGCUCGUUGUAAUCCUCAACAACGUAAUCGAUCCUUAUUCUUCUCCUUAUGGCGAUAGGAAUUGUAGCCCUGCAACUUCAUGGUUACCUUCAAGAACAGCGACGACCUUUUAUGGCGAUAUGAGAGACUUGAGCCAGUCGUUGAAGGAAUCCACGGUUUUGUCCUUCAAGGAAUGGUUCAAGAGCCGCAACGACGCCCUUUUCGUUGAGAUCUUCAAAAUCCUCAGAACCGCCACAAACGACAACAGCGACGACGGCGACGACGUGUCGUCUGGCCGCUCCGCGGAUUUGGCCCUCGCCAAUCUAGGACUAAAACUCGACGAGCGGUUUGUAUUGAAUGUUCUUAGCUAUGGCCGCACCCGCAAGGACGUUCUCUCGUGCCUCAAGUUCUUCGACUGGGCCGGUCGGCAACCGGGGUUUCACCACACCCACUCCACGUUCCACGCCAUUUUCAAGAUUCUGUCUAGGGCUAAGCUCAUGUCUCUCAUGCUUGACUCCCUCGAUAGCUACACCAAGCAUAGCACCGCUUAUAGGGUUCGGUUCCACAGCACUUUGGUGAUGGGUUAUGCCGUCGCUGGAAAACCGGAGUUUGCUCUUCAACUGUUCAGCACAAUGCGGUUUCAUGGAAUCGACUUGGAUAGCUUCGGUUACAACGUGCUUUUGAACGCUUUGGUGGAGAACAGUAAUUUUGAUGCUGUUAAGGAGAUUUUUAAGCAGAUUCAGAUGAGGGGUUUUGAGAAUGAGGCUACAUGUUCUGUGAUGAUGAAGAGUUUCUGUAAGCAGAAGCUUUUUGAUGAAGCGGAAGCUCAUUUGCGCGAAAUGGUUUGCGAGGGACGGGAUUUGAAUGGUUAUGCGUUGCACGCUCUUGUUGGUGGUCUUUGCGCGAAUAAUGAGUUUGAUCACGCCAAGAAGUUGAUUGAGGAGUUUCAGGAGUUGGGGACGAUUCCCAUGAUGCAGGCCUAUGAUGUGUGGGUAAAGGAACUUGUUCAUGCUGGUAGAUUGGAUGCAGCAUUGGAGUUCUUGAAGAAACAAAAGUCUAUUGGCGGGUACGUUCCCGAUAUGUUUCGUUAUAACAUGUUGAUAUGUAGGCUUUUAUGGGAGAACCGGCUUGAGGAGUCAUGUGAGUUGUUGAUUGAGAUGAAGGAGAGCAAGAUUUCCCCCGAUGAUGACACCAUGAAUGCGGCAUUGUGCUUCUUUUGUAAAGCCGGUAUGCUAAGCUCUGCCCUCGACUUGUAUAAUUCGAGGUCCGAGUUUGGUCUCUCCCUCAAUAGCAUGGCCUACAACUAUUUGAUCAAUACGCUGUGUGGGGAUGGGAACAUUGAUCAAGCGUAUAGCAUGUUGCAAGACUCAAUUGACCAAGGUUAUUUUCCAGGUAGAAAAGUGUUUUCUAUACUCGCAGAUGUUUUGUGCAGGGAGGGGAAACUCGAAAAGAUGAAGGAGUUGCUUCUGUUUGCGUUGGACCGAAACAUUAAGCCAAGUAGGGCGAUUUAUGACAAGUUUAUAUCAGCUUUGUGUAAGGCUAGUAGGCUAGAAGAUGGUUAUUUGAUAUAUCAAGAAAUCAAUGAACUGAAUGAAGUUGCUGCAAGGAGUACUUACUUUAGCUUAAUAGAGAGUUUUAGCCGUUCAAAUAGGGGGGAUAUUGCUGCGAGACUUCUUUUUGAAAUGCAAGAAAGGGGUUACAAGCCCCAUCGCAUUUUGUUCAGCAAUGUUAUUAGUAGUUUAUGCCGGAUGGAAAAUCCAAAGAAGCUAGUCCUCGAAUUGUUGGAGCUACAUUUGUCUCGCGUUGAAACCAGUUCUAGAAUAUACAACCUUUUCAUUUAUGGUGCCGGCCAUGCCAAAAUACCUGAGCUGGCUAGAGAAGUAUAUGAGAUGAUCCUAAGAAGUGGGAGGGAACCCACUUUGAGCUCUGAUAUUCUCAUGUUACAGAGUUAUUUGAAGAGUGAUAAAAUUUUGGACGCUGUGAAUUUCUUUAACAGUUUGCGGGGUAGAAGAAACUUUGGAAGGAAACUAUGUAACGCUAUGGUUACUGGCCUAUGCAGAGCCAACAGGUUGGAUAUUGCACUUGAGUUCUUCAAGGAUGCGAAGAACAAUGGAGUCAUUCCAAGCAUAGAGUGUUACGAGCUUCUUAUAAAGUUGCUAUGCUCAAAGCGACGAUAUAGUAUGGCGAUUACUCUUGUCAAUGAAUUCGAGAAAACUGGUCGUGUCCUUACACCCUUCAUUGGUAACACACUUCUGUGCCAUUCUUUGCAAGGUCAAGAGCUCUACGACGUAUGGAUUCAUCGGAUGGAGGUUGAAAACGGGAAUUAUGAAAAUCCGAUGCUUGGACUGCUAAUUGGUGUGUUCUGCAGUCGUGUUAAAUUCAGUCAACACAUUGACAAGUUGGUAGAAGUAAUUGAAAAGUGUUUCCCAGUUGAUCUCUUCACUUACAAUUUGUUGUUGAGAAAACUAAGCUUGAUCAAUAUCGACCAUGCCUGUGAAAUGUUCCAUAGGAUGCGGCGAAGGGGUUACGAGCCUAAUCAGUGGACAUAUGACAUUUUGGUUCGUGGAUUUUUGAAACAUGGGAGGAAAAGAGAGGCUGCCAUAGUGUUCGAGGAGAUGCUUUGCGGAGGAUUUCAUCCUUCACAAGCUACCACUAUGUCAAUUUAGUUGGUGCUCAAUGAAUGACCAGCCUAGUUUUAGAUGGCUACUAUGAAGUUCAAAAUUUUCCAAUAUUUACACAAGUUUUAAUGGUGAAAUAUGCCUUCAUUCGAGGCAUCACAUUGUGUAUAUUUAGAGUCAAUUCUUGUAUGACUCAUUGAUUCCUUAAUAAAGAUAGGAUUAAUCUCA